GUGGGCUGCAGAAUGGCGGAGUGAGAGAGAGUCUACAUUGGCACCCCAUUUUAGGGUUUGGGGUCUGGGCUCUCAGUUGCGAAGGAAGGAUUGCCGGGACGGGACCCUCACCACCAAUUUUGCAGCUUCAGGGAGGGAGUGUAGCUAGGGAGGAACAAAAUCAUGGUGGAUUGUUAUCCGCGGACGCCUAUCGCAAUCGCAAAAGCCGUGCUCUGGGUAUUGACAGGUGUGGCGUGUUUCGAAGUGGGGCGACAGCUCUCCUGGGAAAACGUCGAGUCCCAAGCCACUCGCACGCAGGCUCGUGAUGCAUACUUUGUGCAGAAGCUGAAGUUUCGCAAGUCCGGGGGGCAGGAGGAGUUUUAAUCCAGGGUUUUGUGUUCGCGGGAGUGGAGGUUUUGCUUGGAGGAUGGAAGAGGAGAAAGUAGAGCAGGCAGUGUUGGCCUACCUGAAGAGCAAGGGUUAUCGGCAGGCUGAGCUUGCGUUUCAUGAUGAGCAGCAGCGGCUUCGUCACAGUGGCUCACAGACCUCGGACACUGCUAUAGACUCCAGCAUUGCCAACCCUAUCCUGUUUUAUGCUAAAUCAGAUAACGAUCCGAAUAGGUACAAGGAAGGCUACAGUAAGCUUCGGUCGUGGGUUUAUCAGUCGUUGGAUAGUUAUAAGAACGAGCUUCUGCGGAUACUGUAUCCUGUGUUUGCGCACUGCUACAUUGACCUUGUGGGAAAAGGAUUCACUCAGGAGGCGCGAGACUUUUUGCAGAGGUUCAGAGAGGAUCACGAAGCUUCCCACGUUCGAGAUAUUCAGAAACUGGAAGGUGUGUUGUCUCCCCAGCAUCUGCAUGAGUCAGAACUUGUGCUAACUCUGAGGAACAACAAACAAAGCGUGAAGAUGUGUCAGUAUUCUUUUGAAUUGUUGCUACAAUAUUUGCACGGUACGGAUAGCAUGCUUAUGCUGGGCAUCGUCAAUGAGCAUUUGAACAUUCACGUUUUGCCUGGUCCACCGUCGGCUCUGCCCAAAGACGAUGAAGUCGUUGCACAAGGGACCCUUGACUAUUUGAAUCAGAAGGAGAUCCGCUGGGGAGCGCUUGAGGAUUCGUUAGAAGAUAAAUUUGAAAAGCAUAAUGCCGCAGCACUUCUUGAGAAAGAUAUGGCCGGGAAGAAAGAUGGCGAGGGGGAGGAUAACAAGGCAAAAGUUGAUGGAAAGGCUGGAGGACCUAGCAAUAAAAAGGCCAAGAAGGAUAAAGCUAGCACAGCUGGUCCUGGGACAACUGCUAAGUCUGCAGGCCCUGGUAGUGCUCCUCGUGUGAAAGCUGAGCUUCCUAUGCCCACCAUGUCGGAGGAGGCGGAGAAACAAGUAAUGGAGGAUUUUCGGAAACGUGCUCGUCUGGGUAGUAAUGCCCUGCCGUCCGUGAGCUUCUAUAGCUUCAUUAACACUCACAAUAGUCUCAACUGUGCGUCCAUUUCUAGCGAUGGUGCAUUAGUCGCCGGAGGGUUUUCCGAUUCAUCGGUUAAGGUUUGGGACAUGGCGAAGCUCGGGGAGCAGAAAACCAUCGCAGGGAGUGUUACACAGGACAAACCUCCCACCAAUGGUUUCACAGAGACUAGAGAGACUGCGCUUGAAGGUUCCAAAUCGUCCUAUGCACUCCUUCAGGGUCAUGCAGGACCCGUAUAUGCCGCCAGUUUCAGCCCAGAUAGUGAAUUUUUGCUCACUUCAUCUGCUGAUUGCACCGUGAGACUAUGGAGCAUGAGGUUGAAAACCAAUUUGAUGGGGUAUAAAGGUCAUAAUUUUCCAGUUUGGGACGUCCAGUACAGUCCCGUUGGCCAUUAUUUUGCUACAGCUUCGCAUGAUCGGACAGCGCGCAUCUGGUGUAUGGAGCGAAUGCAGCCACUCCGCAUUUUAGUUGGCCACAUGUCUGAUGUUGAUUGCUUACAAUGGCACGUCAAUUGUAACUACGUUGCGACUGGAGGCACCGACAACACAGUGCGGCUGUGGGAUGUUCAGACUGGAGAAUGUUUGCGUGUCUUUAAUGGACAUUGUGGUACUGUCUUGUCUUUGGCAAUGUCUAGCGAUGGUCGUUACAUGGCCUCAGGAGACGACCGUGGUGCAAUAUUCAUGUGGGAUCUUGGGUCUGGCCAAUGUGUGGCUCCUUUGAUGGGACACACUAGCUGUGUUUGGACCUUGGCCUUCAGCGGCGAGGGUUCACUGCUGGCUUCGGGCUCUGCAGAUAACACGGUUCGGUUGUGGGAUGUGAACGCCAGCAGCAAAGGUUCUCGCUCUGAAGAAAAGCUUAGUGCAACGAGGCAUCUUCGCCUCCUGAAAACUCUUCCAACCAAAUCGACCCCAGUCUAUGCACUCAAGUUUUCCAGGACAAAUUUAUUGCUAGCUGCCGGAGCUUUCAGCCCUUCGCAAUCAGCGAAAGCAACGACCUGAAAUACUCAGCAGUUCAACUUCAGCUGAAAGCAAUACACGCAGUGGAUGCAAUGCGUGAGACACUAAUCCCAUGUAUAGGUGGAGAUGCUUACCUGUGUUCGGUGAAGCCAUUCACUAAGUCAUUCAAUUUGUUGGUCGAAUUAAUGAAUUAUCUGAUGCACCACAGAUGUUCCUUCUUGCGAGUUCACUGUGGUUUUGGUUAUUGAGUCGAGAAGAAACGAUGUUGAUGCUGGUAGUAAAAAGUACGUGAUGCCUAGGUAAUUCACAUACAGAUGUGUCACUGACGUAGCAUUCCUUGCCUGAUGCUUCACAUUUUAACCAGUCCUGGCUGCAACUUUGUUUUGAAUGCUUACUGGAAUGAAAGGUAGAUUCUCAAACUUGGUACUGAAUUGAAUACUAGAAGAAUUUUUUGAAGAAAUGAUCUAAGAUUGUACGAUAGAGGUCUUCACUCUUGUUUCAGACACAACAAUUCAAUAGCAUCUUCAAUGUUGGAACCA